CCAGAAACUAUCGAUCGCGACCCUUAACUGAAAUUGGUGGCUCACAAACGGUUCGUCUGCGUGGUGAGAAAUAUACUUCAUUGCGCCAGGUUAUAUGUGAUCCCGAAGAUGAGGAACAAAUUGAAAUGCGCGAUAAGGGUUACGGUUGCAUUCAACCAAUACUCGAUGAGCUGAUAAAGACCGAAGAAACCUAUGUGGAAAAUCUUUGGACAGGCAUCAGCAAUUAUGGCAAUAUGUUUGAACGUAAAGAUUUACCAAUGGGCUUGCGGGGUAAAAAAUAUGUUCUAUUCGGUAAUGUUGAACAAUUAGCCGAAUUUCAUCGUGAUGAAUUCCUGCCAAUGUUACAUCGUAAUAAACACGAUUUGAAGAGAUUAUUUGAUGAAUUUCAACAUUAUAUAGAGCAACAUUGUUUUUAUGGUUAUGUCUUGUAUACAAUGAACAAACAACGUUCCUUGAAAUUAUGUGAUACUUAUAAAAAUUAUUUUAAGCUUAUCCAAACCGAAUUGGAUGAUAAAUUGGGCAUUAAUAGUUUUCUAGUACAACCCAUUCAAAGAAUGGCCCGAUAUCCGCUACUGUUGACACAAUUUAUAACGACCCUCUUCAAAAAUCGUGAUUAUGUUAUGAAGCCAGUUAUUGAAUCUUGUUGCCGUCUGGAGAAACGACUAAGAACCCUGCUGACGACCACAAAUGAAUCGGAGGUCAUAAAUGAUAUUGUCUGCUUGAGUGAAACACAUGAGUUCAAUACCUUCUAUCAGGGUAAAUUCCGCAAAGUCAGCGAAUUCAAUAUUGCCGAUCACACAUUGAAGCGGACAUAUCGUGGCAAAGUGUUCAUUUUCGAUAAAUGUAUUAUCUAUACGGAAAUAAAGGGUAAACAGUUGAUAUUCCAUGGCCGCUAUCCAUGCGAACAUAUUGGUAUUACGGCGAAAACUAAACAAUUUACCCUCUACUAUGAACAUCGUAAGAAGCAGGAAUGUGAUUUUAUAGCUGAUGCUGCACUCGUCGAACAAUGGUUAGAUUUAAUUCGUGAAAUGAUUAGCUCCUAUGCUGAGGAGGAGCGUAAGAAAUUUAAAGAAAUGCGUGCUUUGGAUCAUGGUGAAGAUCAUAUGCAUCCGAAACCGGCAAAUUUGUCACUAUUCCGUGAUUCGAAUCGUUUUAGCACCGAUAGUGGUAUUGGUAAUAUGUGGAUAUUGCCAAAACCGGAAAGUGAUGAAAGUUCUUCAAGUCGUGCCACAUGGUAUGCAACAACGUAGGUGUUU